AUGCCUCUCUGCGGAGGCAAUAAAGUCGUCCAGCGCAAGUUGGUUCUUCUCGGAGACGGCGCCUGCGGCAAGACGAGUUUGUUGAACGUGUUCACGCGGGGUUUCUUUCCGACAGUGUACGAGCCCACGGUGUUCGAGAACUAUGUCCACGACAUCUUUGUUGACGGGAUACACAUGGAACUGUCGUUAUGGGAUACAGCUGGACAGGAAGAAUUUGAUCGACUACGGUCACUAUCGUACGACGACACGCAGGCGAUAAUGUUGUGCUUCAGUGUCGACAACCGUGGCUCCCUUGAGAACGUUGGCACGAAAUGGAUCGCGGAGAUCAACGAACACUGUCCUGGCGUCAAGAUCGUGCUGUGCGCCUUGAAGUGCGAUCUUCGGGAAGAGCAUGAGAAGGAAGAAGAUGAGCCAAACACUCCACCACGACCGAUGAUUCAAUAUAACGAAGGCUUGGAAGUUGCUCGGCGGAUUGGCGCUCUUCGAUAUCUCGGUAUGCUCCCCAUCCUUCUGGCGACAUCGGUUGCGCUGGUAUACGCGGGAACUAAUGACUUCGCAGAAUGUUCAGCCAUGCGAAAUCGCGGUGUGAACGAGGCUUUCACGGAGGCUGCUCGAGUAGCUCUGCAAGUUAAACCGGCGAAAUCGGAAGACGACUCGAAAUGCUCGGUCAUGUGA